AUGGGGGACUGGAACUUACUGGGUGGCAUCCUAGAGGAGGUUCAUUCCCAUUCAACUAUAGUGGGGAAAAUCUGGCUGACCAUUCUCUUCAUUUUCCGAAUGCUGGUCCUUGGUGUGGCUGCCGAAGAUGUCUGGGAUGACGAACAGUCAGCUUUUGUUUGCAAUACCCAGCAGCCAGGUUGCAGUAAUGUCUGUUACGAUGAUGCUUUCCCCAUCUCUCUGAUCAGGUUCUGGGUUUUGCAAAUUAUCUUCGUGUCUUCCCCUUCUCUGGUGUAUAUGGGCCAUGCCCUUUACAGACUCAGGACCUUUGAAAAGGAGAGACAGAAGAGAAAGGCCCACCUGAGAGCCCACCUGGAGGAUCCCGAGCUGGAGUGGGAGGAGCAGCAGAGAAUUGAGAGAGAGCUGAGGCGGCUAGAGGAGCACAGGCGGGUCCAGAAAGUCCCUCUGCGAGGAUGUCUGCUGAGAACUUACGUUCUACAUGUUUUGACCAGAUCUGUACUGGAAGUAGGCUUCAUGACAGGCCAGUAUAUUCUUUACGGAUUUCAAAUGAACCCCCUUUACAAAUGCACUCAACCUCCUUGUCCCAACGCAGUGGACUGCUUUGUAUCCAGGCCCACAGAGAAGACCAUUUUCAUGCUCUUUAUGCAAAGUAUCGCGGCCGUCUCUUUGUUUCUCAAUGGACUGGAAAUAUUUCAUCUGGGAAUCAGGAAAAUUAUAAGAGCAGUUCAUGAAAAACCCGGUGGUGACGGCACUGAGUCUGAAAAGGGGCCUCAGCUUGUUUUGGAAAAGUACUCGGUGGUCCAGCCGUGUAUGAUUUGCUCUUCAUUGCAUGAGAGAAGCUCCCUGCUUCAAGCCAACAAUCAACAGCACCCCCUCCAAGCCAGUGCACCAAAGCUUAACACAAUGCGGCAAAUCCCACAACCCAGGCAACUCGAGGUGGACGCUUGCUGCAGUCAAGAAGACAGUGCUGAGAAGGAUCAGCACGGUGGACAGCUCCAUGUCCAUGAGCCAGGUCUGUGGACCCACAGUGCCACCCUUCAGCACCCAGGACAGCACUCAGGCAAGCCCUUUGGGCCACAGAAUGCAAAGUGCCAUUCCUGGUUGCUUACUGCCGCCCCUCCCAGACAGGGGGCAUCAUAUGCACCAGGACCCUGGGAGCAAGCCCAGGUCCGGCACCUUGCAGGAGAGUCUCUCACAGAUGCGCAAAGUCUCUGCAGAGAUAGUGAGGGCAGCGUGAGGGAGAGUGGAGUCUGGAUGGAUCGAUCGUGCCCUGCCAGUCGCAAGGCCAGCUUUCUUUCCAGAGUAAUGUCCGAAAAGGGACAGCUGCACAGUGACUCAGGAAGCUCUGGUUCUCAGAAGAACUCUUGCGUAGACUCGCCAUACCUAGACAACAGUCCCUCGCUUCUGCCUUCAGCUACUGGACGCCGGAGAUCAAUGAACAUGCUUCUAGAACUUUCAUCUAUUAUGAAAAAAUAACACAGUUCUCGGAGGAGGAAAACAGAACCAGGAAUAGGCGGCAUCCCUGGGAGAAGCAGUUGUCAGCUCCAGCAAUGAAGAUGCGGACACUUCUAUCCUCAGAAACGCUCUGGGCUGUGCACGGGGAGCCCCUUCCCGGGGGCUACUCUGCCUCUUUCUGUGUCCCCUGCCCACACUGUUGCUCCAGUGAAAACCCCAGGGCUGGAGACUGUGUUUGGAUCCUGAGCAAGGGCUCGGGAUUGCCCUGAGACUCUCAGCCUGGGCUCCAACAGGCUUCCUGUGUCAUGAGACCACUCAUUCUCUUCUUGUCUCUCGAUCAUUUCCUGGGGUGAACCAGCUGGGCUUUGGCUCCUAGAUGCCAGGCAUCAAAAUAUGGCUUAGGGCACUGCCUGCAGCACCAGCCUUCAUUCUGCUAGGAUCAUGCUGGGACUAUGGGCCCACAGGCCUCUUGCAGUGGGAGUCGGGAGUAGGGGGGAGACUGAAGCCAGCACCUCUUCCACACACCCCUGCCUUCCCUGAGGCACCUCUGGGUGCCUCAUCACCCAGAAGGCAUAAGCUCUCAUUAGCCCAUGUUAAGCUGGUUGUUACUGGCCAAGUUCUGAGAACUCUAGAGAUGUGCCGCAUUCCCAAGGCAAGAGCCACUUAGCUCCUCAUUCCACAGGCAGACUGACCCCCAGCCCUGGCUAUUGACCUUUGGUGCCAAGUUUCACGGCUGGGAAUCAUCUGUGUCCUGUGAGAUAAAAUUUAAACUCCUCAGCUUGGAGCACAAAGCUUUCCUGUGCUGACCCCUACCUGCCUUCUUCUCUUCUUGUGCUUCCUAACUCAGCUGCUGCUUGCUGUCAAAGCUUUGUGCAACU